AAACACUUUUCCUCGCGUUCCCCAGUUCUCCUCGGCUCCUCCCCUUCCACACGCGCGCGCCGCCCGCCAGAUCGGCGACGUUCUCCCCACCUCCCACCGCCGGCGCCGCAGCGAGCAGCCGAGCAUAGUGCGCCCGCCCCCGUUGGACUCCAGACCACCGCCCCCUGCAAGGACGGGCACCGGAAACAAGGUGAGGUGUAUCCUGAGAGAAUGCAAGACCCUAGAGGUACGCCACGAGAGGACUUCUCCGGCUCAAGGACACAUAAGAGGAAGGUCGUGUAUCGGUCUUUGCCUUCAGAUCAGAUAAAAACCGAAACUGAAUUGCUGCGGAGGGAAGUUCCACAUUUGUCAGCCAAGAUGCAGAAGCCACCCAAAAGAAGCUUCAAGAGCGAGCAUCGCCCUCCUACGCUGCAAUCUGACAGAGGAACUCCAGAUUCGCUCCCAGAUUCUGGCCCUGCGGAUGAAUAUCGGGCGUUGCGGAGGAAGUACCUGCUGCUGGAGGAAGAGAACUACACGCUGGACACGCAAUUAGGUGUUGCAGAAGAGGAAGCCAAAACUCUCGAGGAUGAAAAGUUUGCACUGCUGGACCAGCUUGUUGUUUUGGAGGGCCUUGUAGACCCUUCGCAGCUGCAACCACAGCGAAGGCUGUAAAAGCAUUUUAUGUAUGACCGCUCUCUGUUCAUAGUAUAAUUCAGCAACUGGCUCUGGUAGUUGUUACCAUCACUUUUCUAGGUGUAGCCAAUUGUAGAUUUCAGGUUUUAUGGAAGCUAUAUUAUGUAGAUAAAUGCUCCAGAUGUGGCAACCAUUUGGAGUGUUUGUGCAGGAUGAAAGAUUAUGAUGCUUCUGAAUAAAAUAUGGCCCCAAAGUGCAUGUCAAGUUUGCCUCAAAA